GAUACAGUAUCAAACCGGGGCCACAUGGAAAUUCUGCGGGGUUGAUACAUUCUUGCAAGCUUCAUUCAGGGCGAGAGAAGCUGAAGACACAUCCUGAAAUUAGCGAGAUGCUCUCGGGUUUGUCUUUCCCAGUGAAUCUGGAUCGAAGCAGAAAUAAAGAACGUCUGGAGGCUAGUCUCGCCGGCCUCUUAGAGCUGCAGUUCUUGAGGCAAAGGCAGGAAUUUUUGGUGAAAGAGGCUUUGCAGAUCGCCGGGAGCAGACGGGAACAGGACCCGUUCGUGUUGAACUGGGAUUUAAACGGAGGCGACACCUUUUACCCAGGAGCCAGCUUCAGGGAAACAGAAGGGAACAGUUUGAGGAGGCAUUUGAAUGGGUUGCGACGCCAAGAACUCGCUUUCCUCAGCCCCCUCCAGCAACUGGAGAGGCAGGUCAGUGAACUCCGACUCGAUGUGAACCAGACGCCCGGAGGGGAGCCAGAGAUUGAUAGCCGUCCGAGCUCAGCCGAGCCUCUGCACACGGACCAAGACGAGAGCUUGAGCUACGCCGACAGUGAUUAUGUCUCCUCGGUGCCCCGCUCCUUCUCGGCAACCCACUCGGAGUCACUGGAGGCUCUGGCGGACGUGCGGCAAAAGUACCAGUCCGACCUGCUGACCCGUGACAGUCUGGAGCUCUUCCCCUACCCCAGCCCCCUCCACGCCAUGGCAGUACAGAGCCCCCUCCUCUGCCAAGCCAUGCGGGCAAGCAGCGAGGACAAACCCUUCUCGCCCACCUCCUUCCUGGGCACCUACAAGCUGGACAGCGAUGGGGAGAUGUUCUUUGGCUCCCAGGGCGAGCUCGCCCAAGGCCUGGAGGCCGUCCAGUCGAAGAGGCUGGAGAACUACAUCACGGGCCUGGUCCACAAAAGGGUGUACCCAGUCCGGUCAAACAAGCCGAGGACAAGCCUCACCACAGACCCCAUAAAAGGCCUGAUCAGGCAGAGCAGCCUGUGCCAGAGGAACACGGAGCCCGCCAGCCCACAGAGUCCCAAUUGUGAGCAGAUGUAUCCCUCAUCCGAGAGAGGAAAUAUCUCAAAUUCCCACAGCUUCGACGGUAGCUUGCCCACCGCAAAGUACAGGCCUCAGUGGAAUUCAGGCGGCGAUCAGUCAUCAGCCAAGAAAAAUAUUCUGAGCUGCCAAACACCAGACACCUUCACCAGCGCUGCUCAGAAGCAAAAGGGCGCCGAGGAAUCCCAACAUUCACAGAGCCUGAGGAAACAAAUCAGGCUCAUGACCAACACUCCUCCAAUGAGGCCAACCUCACUUGAGUACCAUGAGCUGAAUUACCACCCAGCCAUGCGGGGAUCACCUCAGGAGAAUUAUUACCAAAAUGUGUACGAGCUGGAUGACAGGCCUCAGGCUUUUGCAUCCGCCAGGCCCGACUCGGUUGAAGUCCACUCCCCGCCUUAUGACCAGCGCAUUGGGCUGGAGGUCAGAGACAAGAGGUCUCCCCUUCAGGGCCCCGACGACGGAGGGUAUCAGAUGGUCAACGCACAGUACAUCCCGGCCAAGCAGCCAUACAAAGUCCACGGGGGAGGGCAAGGAGGCCGGGCCAGGGCCGCGCUGCUGAACAAGUGCCGUUCUGCUGACAUGUCCCCGGAAGGCGGGCCUCACGGCUUCAGGGAGAAGGGCAAAGCCUCGGGCAAGAAGUGCCGCUUCAGCGAGGAGGCGGAGGCAGCCAAGAGGAACGGCCGCAAGCCGUCGCCCCGGGGGAAGAAGACCUGCCGCUCAAAUUCUGAGAACAGCCUCCUCAGCCGGCAGGGCUCAGCCUGCGUGAAGUACAACACCGUGGAGCGGGACGAGGGCCGCUCUCUCCGGCCCAGGCGUCACCCCGGCGGUGGCGGCGGCUACCGGCGCUGGAGGUCGACGGCGGAGAUCUGCCAGGAGGAGGCGGCGGCGGCGGCGGCCACGGCAACGGCGGCGACCUCCGACCCCUACCCAUCGGGGGAAGGCCAGCGGCGGCUCAGGAGGUACCAGAAGGCGGCCGGGCCCCAGGGCCAAGCGGGUAGCAGUGACUCGGAGUACCGGGGUCCCAGCCGUGAGGCGGAGGAGGAAGGGCCCGGGGCCAGGGCUUACGGCGCCAACUGCUUCGGCGACAGCGAGUCGAGCCUGAGCGAGGUGGAGUCGCCAGGGUUCAGCACUUGCUCUAGCGACACAGACGAGGAGGGCGGCGGGCUGGUGUGGCCCCAGCAGGUGGCCCCGCAGGCCGCUGGCCGCAACCCCGCCCAGCCCAAGGUCUUCGUGAAGAUCAAGGCCUCACACGCUCUGAAGAAGAAGAUCCUUCGCUUCCGCACCGGCUCCCUCAAGGUCAUGACCACCGUCUGAGCGAGAAGGUGACCGAGCGCCUCAAGUCCUCAGGUGCCCUUCACCACCUCAGGACUUCCCAUCAGUGCUCUGACGCUGUUCUUUCCCCUUUGGCGGCCAUUGUAAAUUUGGGAAGGGUGUCGGCUAAUGUGGGCACGGGAAAGAUAAGCUCCAAGAGAUGAGAGCCCACUGGAUUCUUGAUUUGGUACCUCCACCAGCAUUGGGGAAACUGCACGAGAACUUCUGUGGAUCUCUCCCCCUCCCACCCCCGACCUCCCCCAACCCUUCUCCACCGUGGUAACCACAGAAGCUUCCACAGCCACCAGAGAGGGCAGAGGGAGAUGCCCCUUGGUGCUGAAGGGCAGGGAGCACCAGGGCAGAUUCAGUGCCCGAUUCUGCGGAGUGUGUUUUGAAGCCACGGCCUCCUGCUGCAGCCACUCGCCAAGCCCCAACCAGCAAGGUGGCCAAAAGACAUGGGCCCCACAUGUCAAGGAAACCACCUCUAGGUGAUGGCAUCCCAAUUUGAGGGCAAAAGAAUGGUCUGGAUCACUUUUGCCAGGCUUAUUGAUAUCACAUACGGAGGGCUGUGCAUUAAUUUUACACAGUGUUAACAGAUUUUGAUUUAUUUAACUCGAUGUUACCACAGAAAGUGUUUGAUGUUUCAAGUGGUAGAAAACUUCUAGAUCAAGGACCAGACAGGAACUCGGGUAAUAAAUGUCACCUACUGAUCAUCUGGGCCAAUAACACCUCAAUUUCAAAAUUGUCACCCCUGUGUUCAGAUCCGUCAUCCACACGUCCUCUAGCUUGUACAACCCUCCAAGAUCUCUGUGCUCCUCCAAUUCUGGCCUCUUGAUCGCCUGAAUUUUCUAUCACUGUUGGCGGUCAUGUGUGUGCCCUGAACUCUGGAGUUGGCUCCUUAAACCUCUCUGCACUUUCCCCCCUCAGUUGCUCCUUAAAACUUCCCUCUUUGAUUGCUUUGGGUCCCGUUGUCAUCUCCUUGUGUGACUCAGUGUCAGUUUAUCCAACUUACCCAUUCAGGGCAAGCACUAUUUAGAUAAGACAGCCCUGCAUAAGAGAUGGUAGCACCAAACCAGGCCCUUUGCCCCACCAACACCAUUUGGAGCACCCAUUUCCAUUUAUCGUACACUGACCCCAUUUUAUUCUCCUCACAUUCCCAUCAACUCCCCCCAGAUUCUACCCCUCACCUACACACUAGGGGGCAAUUUACAGUGGCCAUUUAACCUACCAACCGGAAUGUCUUUGGAUGUGGGCGGAAAACGGAGUAAACAGGAGAACCCGCGCAGUCACAGGGAGAAUGUGCAACUCCACACAGACAGUGCCUGAGGUCAGGAUCGAACCUACGCCUUUAUCCAUAGAUCAUAUAAUUCCCUCUUUUCUACUGCCUCAAUUUUGCGUUCACUAUAGCGUCACGGAGUUGUACAUCUCAUUGGCCCAACUUGUCCACAUUGACCAAGGUGCCUUCCUGAGCCAGUCCCAUUUGCCUGCAUUUAGCCCAUAUCCCUCCAAACCUUUCCUGUCCCCGAACCCGUCCAAAUCUCUUUUAAACAUUGUAAUUGUAGCCACCUCUACCAAUUCCUCUGGCAGCUCAUUCCAUAUACCCACCACCCAGUGUGAAAAGCCUGCCCUCCGGGUCCCCUUCAAACCUUUUCCCUCUCAUCUUUAUGCCCUUUAGUUUUAGACCCCUGUACUCUGGAAAAAAGCCUUGAAUCAUCCACCUUCUCUAUGCCCCUCAUUAUUUUAUAAACCUCUAUAAGGUCACCCCUCAGCCUCCUGCGCUCCAGGGGAAACAGUCCCAGCCUAUCCAGCCUCUCUUUAUAAAUCAAGCCCUCCAGUCCUGGCAACAUCUUUUGUGAAACUUUUCUGCACCCUCCCUUGCUUAAUCUCAUCCUUCCCGUGGUAUGGCGACCAGAACUGCACACAAUAUUCCAGGUGUGGUCUCACCAAUGUCCUGUACAGCUGUAAUAUGUGACCAUAUUGUGUGCAUCCUGCUCACCUGGAAAGGGGCUAAUGCUCCACAGCCCAUGUCCGUCCUACAAUGGGCAUGCAUCCCAAGUCAGAUUCAAUUCCCGAGAAAUUACUGCUGCAGAACAUGGGAGGUGAUGAGCUACUGACGCCAGGUAUCCAACCCCCUUUGACUCUGGGAUCAGUGCACCAACUGGGAGGAAUGGUGUUGGGGCUCCAGGGCUACUCCAGCCGCAUCCAUAAAAUUCCACUCAGUGGAGACUGUGAGCAGGCAGCCAGGAUUUGCUUCCCGCUUCCCUGAGUGAAAAUCCUCAGGAAAGCUUGAGGAUCCUGGGAACCCACAACCAACUGGGAUAGAACAUAGAACCGUAGAACAUGUAACAUAUAACACUACAGCACAGUACAGGCCCUUCGGCUCACAAUGUUGUGCCGACAUUUUAUCCUGUUCUAAGAUCUAUCUAACCCUUCCCUCCCACAUUGCCCUCCAUUUUUCUAUCAUUCAUGUGGCUAUCUAAGAGUCUCUUAAAUGUCCCUAAUAUAUAUGCCCCCAUAAUCUCUGCAUGCAGUGCGUUCCAUGAACCUAUCACUGUCUGUGUAAUAAAACUUACCCCUGACAUCCCCCUUAUACCUUCCUCCAAUCAUCUUAAAAUUAUGUCCCCUCGUGUUAAGCCAUUGUCACCCUGGGAAAAAGUCUCUGACUGUCCACUCGAUCUACGCCUCUUAUCAUCUUGUACACCUCUAUCAAGUCACCUCUCAUCCUCCUUCUCUCCAAAGAGAAAAGCCCGAGCUCACUCAACCUAUCCUCAUAAGACAUGCUCCCCAAUCCAGAGAGCAUCCUGGUAAAUCUCCUCUGCACAUUCUCUAAAGCUUCCACAUCCUUCCUAUAAUGAGGCAAGCAGAACUGAACACAAUAUUCUAAGUGUGGUCUAACCAGAGUUCUAUAGAGCUGCAAUGUCACCUCAUGGCUCUUGAACUCUCUACCCCGACUAAUGAAGGCCAACACACCACACGCCUUCUUAACAACCCUAUCGACCUGGGUGGCAACUUUGAGGGAUCUGUGGACGUGGACCACAGGAUCCCUCUGUUCCUCCAUACUGCUAAGAUAUAAAAGAAACA